CCCCACCCCCCCCCCUCACCCCAGACCCACGAGCCCGGCCGGCCCCCACCUCCACCCUCCCCCCCACCCGCGCCGCAACCCCACCACCCCCCAGCCCCCCCCCCACGCCCUACGCCACGCGUGCCACCCUGCCCCACCCCUCAGCCCCCCACCCUCCCGCCCUACCGACCCGUCCCCUCGCCCCCCACACCCCCCACACCGCCCCCCCCACUUCCUCCAA